AUGUCGGCAAGAGUGCGGCACUCCACGGCCACUCCAGGCCCAUCGAGUCGAGGUGCGUCCGCAGCCGCGGGCACAGGCACAAGCAUAGCGGCGCCAGAGUACCAACCACCCGCCUUCCCACUCAAUCCCGCCGCCCAGCGCGCUCUGAGCAGUCUGCUCCAGAAGCACACCACCAGGAGGUUCGAAGAACACAUCGCCAGCGCGCAGACUGAGCUCAGCACCGUGGUUGGAGACAUAUAUGAUGCAUUGAAUCCCAAGAGCGAAGCAGUCGCCAAGCGACGACAGCGAUUCGACCAGGGCAGAGAAGACGAUGAGGACGCGCUCAAGGCGCAGGAGGCGGAGCUCGAACGCCUGCGAGAAAAGGCCAAGCAGAUGCAUGAGCGCAUGGAGGAGCAGAUGCGGAAGCUUGUUGAUGCGGAGGCUGGCGUGGCAAGCAUGCGUCAGGCGGUAGGUGCAGCUGAACGCGAUGCGCGCGAGAAUGCCAGUACGCAGGCGAGCACGCAGCAAGGCCGUGCCCUGCGAAGCCGACGCGCGCAUGGUGACCAAGACGACGACGAUGACGACGAGGAAGACGACGACCAUGAAGAGAUGCCUGACUUCACGCCCACCGAUCCUGCCGGAGGUACACAACCUCCAACUGCGCCCAAGCAUGCCUUCCGAAAGCAUCUCGAAACCUCACAGCUACGAUGGCAAGGCCAGUCGCUUACCGACAGGUACGCUUCGAACAAGCAAUAUGCCGAUUUCAAGCGCCUUCUACACGACGCCCUCUACCCAGACGACGACGUUGAGUUGGCCCCACCAGAUCGAUGGUUCGAUGAAGGAGGCCGUCCAGCCCCCGGUAUGACGACUCUCACGCAGAACGAAGAGGACUCUGACGACGAUAUUGCCGUGGAGAGAACGACCAUUAGCAUUAGGUGUCCGCUAACUCUGCGAGAGUUUGAAACUCCGUGGACAUCCAAGAAGUGCCCACAUACGUUUGAAAAGGAUGCAAUUCUGAACAUGAUCCAAGACUCUUCCUUGGCCAACGCACAACGCCAGAAAUACGUACAAUGCCCCUACGGAGGAUGCCAACAGCAGCUGACAAAAAAUGACGUGGACAAAGACCCAGUGAUGACUCGCAAGAUCAAGCGUAUUCAGGCUGCGCGGAGGGCCGCUGAAGAAGAGGAAGAUGAUGGCGACGGAGGUCAAAACGAACGGGAUGGCACUCAACGUAGAGGCCACAUAAUUGACAGUGAUGCGCUGGACAUAGACGAGACAGACCACGCACCGCCAGAAAGAAUGAAGACCGAACCAAAAUCUUCAAGGCUGCGUAUCGCUAGGCGGGGUCAAUCUAGCGGUCCGCCACGGCCCAGUCAGGUCAUCGACAUGGGUGACGACUCUGACGAAGAAGAUGAGGAUUAA